UAUAGCAGCGUAAUGUGCAAGAGACAGUAAAGGCGGAAUCAAUGCUAGAGUAUCAGGACGUAUGCGGUUUCGGUACGGUCUGCAUCUCCCAUUCACUGUAUGUACGCACACUCUCAAACAAGCCGACCCAGGAUUGACUUAUGCCAGCGGACUGAGUUUUGGACAUGCUUCUUGCACAUCUGCCAUACGAAGUCCCAAGAAAGCAGGAAGAGAAGUCUCAUAGUAGGGCGGAUAUUGUUCGCCUCGUCAACGACCUGGAGCGCCAUCACGCUGAUACCGUCACCUUUAGCCGCUCGUCAACCAAUAUCACAGAAAAGGAUCCAGGACCGGUACGUCACGCAUCGGAAGGCUUCCAACCUACAACUAACGCGUUUGCUUUGGUGAAUGGUCGUCCACAAACGCGCACCUUAGCGACCA